GCAAAGUGAACGUGCGCGUCUUUUUUCUGCUCCUGCUGCUCCAAAAUCCGCAGUUUCUCCGCCUGAACUGAUCUCGAAGAAAAGCACGGACCGAAAAAAACCUGAAACCAGGGAAAAUCCGUAUUCCGAUUUCUUUUCCGUAACUGCAAACCCAUCGAAGUUUUUUUUUUACCAGUGAGCGAUCGAAAAAUGUGAGGUUGAGGUGCACAGAGUCACCCGAUAUAAGCUUCGACCAUGUCGGACACGUGACCCGCGCUUAUCCCGCGCGAUGAAACCGAUAACACGCGCCGUCUAAGCCGAUUAAACCGAUAACAACGAUAGCGUCGAUAUCCCAAAUCAAACGACAAGUCAGUAACCAUUAAAAAAGACCAAGCUCAGAAAAAUCACAAAAAAGUGGCAAUGUAAAACAGCGGGCUGAGAACACCAGAGAGCAGAGGAACGAACCCGAAGAUGCCCAGCUCUGCGAUAGUCACAUCCACUACAACGAACACGCCGCAAACCGUAGAAUUGGAAAGCCAUCCGCGCCACCUGCAGCACCUGCACCACCCUCACCACCGGAACUACCAGCAACCGCGCUUCCGGUUCCGGUUCGAGUCCCGAUUAGCCGAUGCGUCGAUAAUGGGCCUGCCGCGCAAAAGAAAGCACAGCCAGGAUUCGGUAGCACAGUCGAUCGGUAGCCACACGAUACUCUGAUAUUUUGACACUGAUACUAUCGAUACGCAACGCGAACCAAUCGAUAAUAAACGAUAAAAGCAAGAAGGGAGGCUAGAGAGAAUCAUCGCCGAUCUUGCCAGCUUUCGCUGACGACAAACCAUGUUAGAUAUAUUUCGUGGAUUGAAAAACCUUGUAAAGGUCAGUCACGUUAAAACCGAUUCGAUAGUAUUCCGCCUGCAUUACUCAAUAACUGUGAUGAUUCUGAUGUCAUUCUCGCUAAUUAUAACCACACGCCAGUACGUUGGCAAUCCGAUCGAUUGUGUGCACACCAAAGAUAUUCCAGAGGAUGUGCUCAACACGUACUGCUGGAUCCAGUCCACCUACACACUCAAGAGCCUCUUCCUGAAGAAGCAGGGCGUGUCGGUUCCAUAUCCGGGCAUCGGCAACUCCGACGGUGAUCCGGCGGACAAGAAGCACUACAAGUACUACCAGUGGGUCUGCUUCUGCCUCUUCUUUCAGGCAAUCUUAUUUUAUACACCAAGAUGGCUGUGGAAAUCUUGGGAGGGUGGCAAGAUUCAUGCGCUCAUCAUGGACUUAGACAUAGGCAUUUGUUCCGAAGCCGAGAAAAAACAAAAAAAGAAAUUACUUUUAGAUUAUUUGUGGGAAAAUUUAAGAUAUCACAAUUGGUGGGCGUACAGAUAUUACGUGUGUGAGCUGCUCGCCCUUAUAAAUGUGAUAGGUCAAAUGUUUCUUAUGAAUCGAUUUUUCGAUGGCGAAUUUAUGACAUUUGGCCUGAAAGUGAUAGAUUAUAUGGAGACCGAUCAGGAAGAUCGCAUGGAUCCGAUGAUUUACAUAUUUCCCAGAAUGACCAAAUGUACAUUUUUUAAAUAUGGUUCAAGUGGGGAGGUGGAGAAACACGACGCCAUUUGCAUUUUACCAUUAAACGUUGUUAAUGAGAAGAUUUACAUUUUCCUUUGGUUUUGGUUUAUAUUAUUAACGUUUCUCACAUUAUUAACGCUAAUAUACAGGGUGGUUAUUAUAUUCUCUCCUCGAAUGAGGGUCUACUUAUUUCGUAUGCGAUUUAGGUUAGUGCGUCGUGACGCUAUUGAAAUAAUCGUUCGUCGUUCGAAGAUGGGCGAUUGGUUUUUGUUGUAUUUACUAGGUGAAAACAUAGAUACAGUUAUAUUUCGUGAUGUUGUACAGGACUUAGCGAAUCGUUUAGGACAUAACCAACACCACAGGGUGCCUGGCUUAAAAGGUGAAAUACAGGAUGCAUGAUAUUGGGAGUAUUAGAAACAAUACAAAAUGCAAUUUGUCGUCUCCAUUUAAAAACCAUCGAAUUCAACAACAAAAAUGUCGAAAGCAAGAACAAUAUUAUGAAAGGACAAUUACAACCACAAAGGAAUCUAGAGAUCUUCGCAGCAGCCGCUUCAUUAAAACUUACAACUCAACACACCGCUAAAAAAUCUUUAAAAAACGUAUCUCAAAAAUACAACCAAAAAAACUAUCGUCAGCUCGCAGUCAGUCAUAAAUCAGCAUUAUCAACCAUGGAGACUAAGUCUAUCGAUAGUCGGUACAAACACAUUCAAAACCACAGGACAUAGAAUACAGCAUAGAAAAAUGGAAGCGGAAUGAAAGCAUGGAGAAAUAUGGAAAAAUAGGGAAGCAUUAACAGCCACGCAACGAAAGGAAUUACUACAAAUUCAAUACCAAUCAAUUAAAGUAACGUAAAUGAGAAAACGGAUAUCGAAUAAUUAAGAAUGGAAGUCCUGGGACUUCCGGACAGGACACCCAAGCCGGUGGCAAGUAGCGCCUGCCGUCGGCCAGGGGUCACAAGGUCACAAGUCACAAGGGAUCGCUUGGAAAUUUAGCGAUCAGCGACCCAUAGAAGUGUUGCCCCAAGGACAAGAUCAAAGUGUGAGGAGAACAGCAAAUGGACAGCACCGGCAACGGAAAACAACAGACGAAACGCACACACACACAGACGACGCCACACAUACGCUUACAGCGACAUCACUCAUACGCCCCGUAGAACACAUCGCACUUUGCUUGUCAUGCAGCGUUAACUAAACCAAACAUCAACAAAGUCGAGACGACGCCAGCGGAAAAUUGCAUUUCUGUAUUAACCCCAAGAGAAUAGAAGAGGAAGAUUCGAAAAUCAGCAUCACUUUCACCGAGGAAGAGCAGGAGUACCAUACAAACGAGAUGCUAAAACAACGCAACAAGACGGGGAAAGAAAAGCCUCCCCGCUUUGAAAAUGCAGCAAAUGAAAGUCAAGAAAAUCGCAAGUGGAAAUCGCAGAGGAGAGUAACAGUUUAAUUAAAUUAAAUUCAAUUCAAUUAAAUUAAAUUACUUAUUACAAUGAUAUCUUGAAGUGUUCAUGUAUUCGAAAGUAGGUUAACUAAGUCAAGCAUACAAGUAAUUCUACAUAUAUGUAUAAUAUAUAUAUUAUAUAUAUACAUAUAUAUAUAUAUAUAUAUAUAUAAACAAUUUUUUUUUUAACUCUAAGCAUUUGUAUUACCCGCUAAACAAAUGAACAACAAACCAAAACGAAAAAAAAAAACUAGAAAAAACAACCAAAAAAAAGCAAACUGAAAACAGAAUUUUUUUGUAUACAGAAAUGAAUGAAAAUUGAAACCCGAAAUGAGCAGAUAGCGAAAUAAUGAUAAAGAAAAUGAAAGAGUAAAACCUAAAACCGAGACGAAACGAACAGAAAAUAUCAGUAAAUAUCAAAGAAAGUUCAGAAAAUACCAUACCGAAAACCGAAACAAAAGAUACAUUUACAUAGUUUAAUUAGAAGAAACUAUAGCGCGCAUCAUUAUAUAACCGAAAAACUGAAAAACCGACCGAACAGAACGUUACUCCCAACUUACAAAGACAAACAGACAGACGGAAACGAAAAUGUUUUAAGCUCACUCACAGUUACACACACUCACAACACAACACACACACACGUAUAUAGCAUGUAAAGCAUAUAUAAAUAUAUAUAAUUAUCAAUCGAUCAUUCAGUAAAGGAGAGCAGCCAACAUUCGCAUCAUAAAACAAUUAACUCCUCUAAUAAUAGAGCAUACUCAACUCUGUCUCUCUCUACGAAAAAUACGCCUAGUACUCAAGCGGUACUCAAUGCGAAAAUAACCCAGGAAAAACGGGCGGCACACUCACGCUUUGUCACAUGAAUCAAGUGUAAACGCAACGAUAAUAACUUUAUAAUACCGCUAGCGAAUUAAGUCCUAAACAAGAGGGUACAGUUCGGGAGUUCGACAAUUCCCCCAGGCAUUGCAGGUGGUCCUACAGUAAACGCCUUCUAUGACAAACAUCGCCCCCUUCGAAAAAUAGUCACCCAUCCACGAGUUCAUCAUCAUGUGCUACAAAUCGUAAUAUCCGUCCAAAAAACCAUUUGAAGCGCACCUCCCGCUCUCUAACUACAAUCUCUCCUUCUUUUUCGGGUCCCGAUCCUUGAUCCAGGGUCCUUCCGACUUCCGCCAUCCACAACACCCAGUCCCAAGCCCCCAAGAAAUGGACCAAAAAACCAGUUACACAGAUGCCUCAAAAGUUCUUCCCCUCCCCGUCGCAUUUUCCCAUCUCUUGAAGGACGACCAAGAAAAACAAAUACACAGCCAGAAAAAGCCAAGCCAGAGAUGCAAAUCUAACAACAAAUGUCACUGCCAACAAAACCAGUAAUUGUAAAAUCAAGUUUAAAUAGUUAAAGACCAUACAUAUAUGAAACGAAAUGGGGACCUGAUAUGAAAUGGAAGGUAUUUCCGUAGGGCUAGCACUGCAAUGCCGAAAGUAGUUACAAGAAAGCAAAAGGAAUUAAAACCCGAUGAUUGUUCCUUGUCACAGAAUCAGGAAUUGCCGAUGUGGACCUGCUCAAAACCUCACUCCUUUCGGGAAUUCAUUUCGGAUUUAGAUCACCUAAUUUGAGUGUUUUUUCCGUCUACUCACACUACUCAGCAUACUCAAAGACGCAUUAAAAUUUAGAGGGAGGAGAAAGUGGGUGUAAGGUUGAAGCGAAAAAACAAUAAAUGUAACAAUAAAUGGUAAUAAGUAAUUUUAGCGUAUUUUUUUUUUACAGCUUAUAGCCAACUAAGUGAAGUAAUUGUAAUUCUAGUUCAAACUGAACCAUUUUUGUCUGCGUUUUUUUUUUUUCGUGGAUUCGUAGGUUAAGCCCCACACACACACUUAUAGCCACACAAAACACAACCACAAACAUGGUAAACGAAAAGCAAAUGUAUAAAUAUCGAGGAUACUUACACUGUAAUUAAGGGGGACGAAUAAGAAGGAAUACCAUACCAAAACGUAAGCAUAUUACAAGGAAAUUGCCAUUAGUCGAUAGUGUUAAAGCGAUACGUAUAUGAUCUACAUGCUAGGCUAACGAAAAGCAAACAAACGAAGAAAUAAUGGAAGGAAUACUUAGUGUAGCUCAAGAUGGAAUCUCUCGUAUCUCGUAAUUCGUAACUCCAACUAAAAGCAAUUGUAAAAUAUCGUAAUAGAUCUAGGGGCGAUCGAACAAACAAACAAAAGCAAAGCAAACGAACAAUACGCAAGACUUUAUUUUACAAAGUAUUUGCCGCAAUAUUAGGUCGAAGAGUUCGAAUUGUACUAGCUGAAUCUAGAAAAUAAGAAGAACAUUUCAUAGACGCAAUCCUAGAAGCAAUAAGCACACCCGGAAAAGGAAAUUAAAGUUAGAACGGAAACGGAAUCAGGCAGAGCUAACGGUAACAACGAUGACUCUUCACCACGUUUCCCCACCUCCGGUACAAUUCUGUCCACUUCUCACCACACAUCACUGCACUUUUCUUGCUCUCUCUCUCUUACACCUUUUUUGCAUCUCUUUUCCAAUGAAAGAAUAUUUUAACUAUUCUUUCACUAAGUAGCCUGUUUCCUCUUGAAGAAAAAACAACAAAAUGCACGCAUGCCAUAUAUCAGUUUUAUCAGUGCAUUUCACAUUUAUGGAGAACGUAAGUUUCAAGUGUGGGCACUUGUGUUUUACACGUUUUACAAACAUCUCAACAUGUGAUAGUGGAGACAGGCUCUACUUCGUAUAUCCCAUUUAAGAGAAUCUGAAUCCGUAAGAAUAAUUCAAAAUUCUGUUGAAAUCAUCCCUUUUUUAAAGUGAUUAAUGUUUGUGUUCGUUUGUUAAUUUGUUUGUCUGUUUGUUUGUUCCCGGUCUGAAUUUGGUUUCUGCCAUAUUGUUUGUGUAUAGUUAUUAUGUUUUUUUUGGUGGCUAAGUUAAAGUUUUAGUUCUGUAACUUCUACCAUACUUUCUCACUCAUUUGUUCAUACGUGCAAUAAAAAAGAGACUUGUAUACAUA